AUGAAUAAUGUUGUAGAAAACGAAAAAGAGAAAUUUAAUAUUUUUGGAGAGAUAUCAAAUGGAUCUACAACACAUUCGACAUCAACAUCAUCAUCAUCUUCAGAUGUUUAUUUAUCAACUGGAUGGCCAACAUUUACAACAUCCUUCAUAACGAAUAUAGUAAUUGGAUCGGUUAUAAUGAUAAUAUUCUUUUUUCUUCGAAUUAUUUAUAGAAACUUUUAUAAUGCAAGAUUAAUAAAAAGUAAUGGAUUAAAUUCAGUUUUAAUAACAUCACCAUUUCAAUGGAUUAUAUAUACAAUCUCAUAUCAAAUGGAAUCAAUUUUUGAAUCACGUGGUAUCGAUGCCUAUAUGCAUCUUCAAUUUCUUUAUCUUUGUAUUCAAAUCCUAUCAAUCAUUAUGGUAUUUGGUAUUGGAAUUUUAUUACCAAUCAAUUAUACAAGUAUAACUGAAGAAACUGCAAAUGUUGUAUUAAAUACUUUAGAUACUGUAACAGUUGGUACUAUACAACCAAAUUCUAAAAGACUUUGGGCUCAUACUUUAUCAAUUCCAAUAUUUACAAUGGUUGCUUUUUAUUUUUUUCAAAAAACAAAUACAAUUUAUUUAGAAAAAAGAAUUAGAUGGAUGUCAAAACAUAAUGAAAGAAAUUAUACAGUUUUAGUUAGAGAAAUGAGUAGAUCAAUUUCAAAUGCAGAUGAUAUGAGAGAAUUUUUUAGUAGAUUUUUUGAUAGUAAAGCGAUAUUAUCAUGUCAUAUCAUUUAUAAGGAAGCGAAAUUAAGAUCACUUUGGAGAAAACAUAAACAUGUUCAAAGAUCAUUGGAGAGAGUUUUAUCAGAAUCCGAUAUAAAGGGUGUACCACCAACAAGAGCUGUGGGUUGGAGACCUGGUAUGUUUGGAGGUAAAACUGUUGAUAGUGUUGAAUAUUUCACAAAGAAAUUGGAGCAGGUUGAUAAGGAGUUAAGAAUUGCACAAGAGGAAGCCUCAAUAAAGAAGGAUCUUUCAAUCUCUCAAGAUUUAGCUUGGAGAGUAUCAAAUAUAACAGCAAGUAAUAUAAAGAAACUUACCAAUAUGACUUCAACCGCUGGUUUUAUAACUUUUUCAAGAAUGGCUUUUGCUUCUCAAGCUGCUCAAUGUCUAUUCUCAAAGAAUAUCGAAAAGUUUAAAGUAACUCCUGCACCUGAAAUUAAAAAUAUCAAAUGGAAGAAUAUGAUCGUACCAAAUCGUAGUAGAUUCCUAAGAAGAAUCGUUAGUUCAAUCAUUUUCUUUGUAAUAUUUUGUUUUUAUACCAUUCCUGUCACUGCCAUCUCUGCCGUGAGUAAUAUUCAAACACUUUCAAAGGUACCUGUUUUAAAUUGGCUCUUGGAGGUUGUCAAUUUGGAUGAUACACUUCGUGGUUUCGUUGAGGGUUAUUUACCAUCAUUGGCAUUGGUUUUAUUCCUUGCAUUGUUACCAUUGUUUAUAAAGAUCAUCAUUCAUUUCAAUAAAGAAGAUACUCGUACUCAAUUCUAUCACAAGGUAUUCACUGUGUAUUGGGCAUUCUUGGUGACAAAUGUAUUCUUGGUUGUAUCGAUCGCUGGUACAGUUCUUGGUAUUUUGUUUAAAAUGUUGGAAAAUCUUACAUUAAAAGAUAUCGCUACACUCCUUGGUCAAUCUUUACCAAAACAAUCAUCAUUCUUUAUCAAUUAUAUUUUGGUUCAAGCUUUAACCUCGGUACCAAUGGAUAUCGUUAGACCCAUUGAAUUGAUUGCUGGUAUCAUUAGAUCAAGUAGAGAAUCAUCAUUUGGUCAAAAAAUGAAAGCAUUAUCACAUGAUGAUCCAACCUCUUUAAAUUCAAUCAAAUAUGCAAGAGAGUUGCUAAUCUUUGUCAUUACACUCUCAUAUAGUACAUUGUCACCUUUGAUUUUACCAUUUGGUUUACUUUAUUUCCUUAUGGAUUUCUUUGUCUCAAAGUAUAAUCAUAUCUACUCUUUUUGUCCUAAAUAUCAAUCGGGUGGUAUGAUUUGGCCUUUGGUUUUCAAUCGUCUUUGUAUUGGUUUGGUAAUUUAUCAAUUAACUGGAAUUGGUUUAUUCGUUUUAAAAACUUUUAUACCUGGUAUUGUCAUUAGUUUCUUAAUGCCAUUCUUUACUCUCUUCUAUUGGUGGAGAAAUGUUGACAAAUAUAAAAAACCUUCUUCAGUUCUCUCACUUGAUAUUUGUCCAGAAGAAGAUUACUUUGGAAAUGAAUUUGUCAAAUCUUAUGAAGAUCCUGUAUUAUCAAUUGCUGAUUUAGAAAUUAAUAAUAACUUUAAAAAUGAUCAUAAUUUUAAUCAUCAUAAUUUAAUUAAUAAAGUUUAA